CGAGUAUUUUGUGACAUGACUUCAAAGAAUAGUGUUGGUGUGACAGAGAUUGGACAUGACAGUGAAUCAAGAACACUCGUAGAAGAAUAUGAAGAUGCAGGUUCCUACGAACGAGCGAUUAAAUAUCAGAUUUCUAUGGAGCAACUUGUGGCUAUUAUGAAUCAGUCCAAGAAUUGCGAGCAGUUUAUUAAAUAUGAAUGCUAUAACAGCAAGUUAAAUGACCGGAGGUCUUAUGGUUGGUGGGUAUCACGUCAAGGUUCAAAGAUGAAUUACUGGGGUGGAGCGGCAGUCGACAGUGGAAAAUGUGCCUGUGGAAUGACCAACAGGUGUGCAGGUGGACGUAAAUUCAAAUGUAAUUGUGACAAAAAUGACAAGGCAUGGCGUGAAGACAGUGGAUAUCUGACAGACAAGAAUACACUUCCUGUUAUUGAACUGCGAUUCGGAGAUACUGGCGGGAGAUUCGGUAAUGGAGAACGAGAGCGUGGUUAUCAUACACUGGGAAAAUUGCGAUGUUGGGGUUGAGAGAAGUCACGUUGACAAUAUUAUAAUGUGA